CGAUCCCAAGACCUUGCCACAAUCGAGUGAGGUUCAGGCCGUUGCGGAGUGCACUGGCCGGACUUUCUAAAUUACCCAAUCACGUUCCAGGUGGCUCUGAAACUCGAGGAACAUCACCGUUGUCGCUCCCUUGCUCCCUUAAUACAAUUAUAAAUCCCUCUUCCGACUCCCAAGUAUCUAAUAUAAUAUCUUAGAUCAGUACCGUCUCUGCUUUGCUGAUUAAGUCUGCCGCUCCCGUAGCGGCGUAGCCCCCUUCCCGGUUUCACUUCGCUUUUGGGGGGAAAAUAGUUGCAACUCGCAAAGCAACCUCAGCUUUGCAACCCUGUUCCUGCACUCUGGUUUCACUUCACUUUGGUCCUCUGUGGAACACGACCUAAGUAAAAAUAUGGGAAUGUUUGUUGGUUCUGUUCCACGCAGCUUGUCAUCUUGGACUUUGAUACAAAGUUGUAGAAGUUUCAGGGAUGGCUGGUAGGGAAGUUCGAGAAUACACCAACCUCACCGAUCCAAAAGACAGGAAAUUGGGUAAAGGAAAGGAUAAAAUUGAUGACGAAGAUAUCACUUUCCAGCGGAUGGUGGCCAAGAUGCAGGAGGUAGCUGGAGAACGGGGAGGUUACCUUCAUGGGAGAGGGGCUUUGGACAGUGAUGACUUGCUCUAUCUCAAGGAACAGAUGGAAGCUGAGGAGGAUGCUGAGCGCCUUCUUCACCGCACUGAGAAGCGGGCAUUUGCGGCAUUUAAAAAAGCUGCAAGUUUAGCAGAUUCUUCACCUGCCUCAGUACCUUUACCACUACGUGUGGAGCCCAAGCCAAAGAGUGGGAUCAGGCAACAAGAUCUUAUAAAAAACAUUGUGGAGAUCAGACCGAAGCGACACAGAGUAUCAAAUGAGUCGAGCCCCAGCAGUGGAAAUCAAGUUGCCCCAGUUACUAUGGUCUCUGCUUCAAUGAAUGGAUUGAAGGAAUCAAAUCCAGAUAAAGAGCUUACUCCCUCAAGGCCAAGUGAAGGAGAAGAAGCGGUUACCAAACCAGAGAACCCUGUUAAAAGCUUACUGGGCCUAGCUUAUGAAACUUCCGAUGAUGAAGAAGAUUGAUUGGGAACAUAUGGAUCUGCCUUGGUGCAUACAUUGUCUCAUUUAUCUUUAUUUGUUGCAGUUUCAAUGUUUAUAACAUACUGUUUCUUAGAGAGUACCAAUUAACACUUGUCUGAGUAUUUUCUUGAGCAUACUAGGGAAGGGUGAAGGUUCUGUUUAGGAGAAAAGAACCCUGCCCGCUUGUGUAAAGCCCCUUCUUCUAUAUACCUAUUGUGGAUGGAAUUUAAAAUUAAGAAAAAUGGUUACUAGUCUUCCAUGGUA